AUGAGCGCUUCGCACAGCAUUUGGCUCUGGGAGAAGUGGGUCGCAUCCACAGGUAACGCCACGCACUGGCGGAUUGAGCAGCAGCUUGUGCAUCGUCUUCCUGAUGAUCCGAGAGUUUCAGCUGAGAUACGCAACUUUUUGACCUUUGCCGGUAUUUUCGGGGUCUUUUACAAGAAGGAGGUGUGCGCUCUGUUCUUGGUCUCGGCCGUGUCCUCCGAGAGCGUCGGGGAGGCGGGCUACUCGGGGCAAGAAGACGUCGGCCUCCUACAGCAGCAGGUCGCUGCUGAGAAGUGGAGGAGAAAGCCCUGGGCACAACCGAAGAGAUGGCAAUGGGGGACCGCCCCGAAGAUGGGUGCGAAGCCCAAAGUUCCCGCAGAGGACAAGGCCGAACCAGAGGAGUGGGAGUGGAACCAAAAGGUGGCCGCAAAAAGCAAGAAAGUUCAGAACAAGUGUGCCGGCUGCAUGACCUACAACAGCUUCGAUCCGAUGAGCAAGUGGUGCGACACAUCGCGAGGCUGCCGAAAGAAGAAAGAGGUAGGGAAGACAUGCAAGGAAGACUAUGAGUGUCUUUCGCACAUAUGUUCCGAGACUUGCCAGUCACAAUGCGGGCCGGAUGCGCCCUGGUGUUGGUACGAGAAGUUGGGCAACGAGUACAAGGGCAUCUGCAAAAACUGCAUGAUGUACCAGUUCUACAACGCAGAUGCCAAGUGGUGCGACAAGACAAGUGGCUGCCAGUCGAAGAAGAGCGCAGGGGACGACUGCACCGAAGACUAUGAGUGCGUCUCAGGUUUCUGUCAGGACUCCCAUUGUUUCGACUACGUCCCUCACGUUAUCACGCAAGACCAGAUGGAAGAGAUGGAUGAUGAGAUGGGGGACGAGCCACCCCCAGAGGAAGGGGAGGAAUUUGAGGAGGAAGACGAGGAACCCCGCUAA